UCUAUCAGCACACACAGUGUGCCGAGCAAGUGAGCAGCAAUAACAGCUAGCUGCCCAAGAAGAUGGCCAGGCUUGGCCUUGUCAUCCUGGUCGCGCUGCUUGGCGCCGCCGCCGUGGCUGCUCAAGCUCCAGGGUCCAGCAGCUACGGCUAUGGCGGCGUUCCUCCGAGCCCGGCCCCGCAAAGCCCGCCAAGCGCAAGCCCACCCGCUCCAACUCCAAGCCCACCGGCCCAGGCUCCCCCGCCGCGCCUCAGGUUCGGCUUCUACAAGCGCUCGUGCCCCAACACGGAGUACAUCGUCCGGGACGCCGUGAGGAACGCCACCAGCGUCGACCCCGGCCUCGGCGCAGGCCUGAUCCGCAUGGCCUUCCACGACUGCUUCGUCCAGGGCUGCGACGCCUCCGUCCUGCUCGACCCGACGCCCGCCAACCCGCGCCCGGAGAAGCUCGGCCCGCCCAACUUCCCCAGCCUCCGCGGCUUCGACGUCGUCGACGCCGCCAAGGCCGCGCUCGAGAAGGCCUGCCCCGGCGUCGUCUCCUGCGCCGACGUCGUCCAGUUCGCCGCCCGCGACGCCGCCUUCUUCCUCAGCGGCUCCAGGGUCAGCUACAAUCUCCCCGCGGGGCGCCUCGACGGCCGCGUGUCCUUCGACAACGAGACGCUCGCCUUCCUGCCCCCGCCGUCCUUCAACCUCUCGCAGCUCGUCGGCAGCUUCAAUGCCAAGGGCCUCGACGUCGACGACCUCGUCGUGCUCUCCGGCUCCCACACCAUCGGCCGCUCCCACUGCUCCUCAUUCACCACCAUCUCCACGCCGCCCUCUGACCAGGACCCGGGCCUCGCCACCAUCCUCAGGGGGCAGUGCCCGGCCAACCCCAACAUCACCAACGAUGCCACGGUGGUGCAGGACAUCGUCACCCCCGACAAGCUCGACAACCAGUACUACAAGAACGUUCUCAACCACAAGGUGCUCUUCCAAUCCGACGCGGCGCUGCUGACGUCGAGUGUGACGACGAGGAAGGUGCGAGAGAACGCGCUCAUCCGCGGGAGCUGGGAGAGGAAGUUCGCCAGGGCCAUGGUGAAGAUGUCGCUCAUCGAGAUCAAGACCGCCGCCAACGGCGAGAUCAGGAAGAACUGCCACGUCGUCAACUAGAUGACACUUAAAAAUUGACCAUUCCUCUAAUCCUCUUGCAGCUAUAGCAGCAUCUUAAUUAUUGGUAUGUUACAUCCGUUUCUUCAGAGGCACGUACGUUGUUCGAUUCUUAAUUUCGUUGCAUCAUCCAGAUGAUCAUCAGGUUUUUUUAUUUAACUCGCCAGAAGAUAAUGUACUUGACUAGAGAUCAGAUGAUUCAAUAAAAAGCUACUUGUCUUUUUUGUCUGAA